UCUUUUCUCGUUUUCUGCUUUGAGCGCUAAAAGAAAACCCAAACUGUUCCCAGCACUACAGCUCCCAAGAUGCAAUGGGCUCGGCUUCGCUUCCGGUCCUGCGCCGUUUCUGGAGCGGAUUGGAACCCGGAGUCAGGACUCGCUAAAUGAAGGCUGUUUUGCAGAGAAGGCUGGCGUAAUGGCUGAGCAGACCCCAGAUGAGUUCAUCUGGUGCGAGGACUGUGGUCAGUACCAUGACUCUGAGUGUCCCGAGCUGGGGCCCCUGGUGACCGUGCAGGACUCCUUCGUCCUCAGCCGGGCUCGAUCGUCUCUCCCUAACAGCUUGGAGAUCAGAGAGGUGGGUAACAGAGAGGAGGGGGUGUUCGUCCUGCGUCGACUGGUCAAGCGGACCCGCUUCGGACCCUUCGAAGCAAAGAGAGUGCCGGUUCUGGAGAACGAAGGAGCAUUCCCUCUGAAGGUGCGGCCAGAUAAACCCUCACGACUUAAAGCACGAUUCAAGCCCUGCUUUGUGCUGGGAAGAUUUCGUCCUGGCAUGUGUACUUUGUCGUCUGUCGGGCAGAUCUUCCAGAAGGACGGAGCCGUGGUGUGCUUUGACUGCAGCAGCGAGGACGACUGCAACUGGAUGAUGCUGGUGCGACCUGCCGCCGACCACAGGCACCAAAACCUGACCGCUUACCAGCAGGAUGACGACGUUUACUUCAACACGUCUCAGGACGUGCUCCCAGGAACGGAGCUGAGAGUCUGGUAUGGCGCCUUCUAUGCCAAGAAGAUGGAGAAACCGAUGCUGAAGCUGCCACCACCGCUGCCUCCACCAGAUGUCGCAUUGUCCUCUGCUAAAAUGAAGAUAUCAGACGCCCACUUGCUGCUUCACACGGCUGAAGACGACAAUGCAGGUAUAACCCUGGAUCUCAGCAGUGAGGUUGCCUCAGUGGAGUCCUUGGUUGCCCCCAGUAUUGAGGAAGGGAAACCCCACACGGCCCCGGUUUGCCGUAAAAGAGGGCAGGGCCGCGGGAGGAGGGCCAGGGGUCGCAGGCCUGGAGCGGCCUCCUUCACAAGCAGGACCAAAGACAUAAAGCCCAUGCUGGGAGGCCUGGAGCCGGUGGCCUCGGAGGCGGCCGCAGCCUCAGAGAGCAGCAGCCUGCUCACGCCCUCCGACGGCGCGGCUGUCCAAAGGAGGCACAAAGCCAGAGAGCACAAGCGGGUUUAUCGCUGCUCCCUCUGCAGUAAAAUCUUCCAGAACAGCAGCAACCUGAACAGACACAUCCGGUCUCACGGUGAUAAGCUGUUCAAGUGCGACGAAUGCGAUAAGUUAUUCAGCCGCAAGGAGAGUCUGAAGCAGCACAUUUCCUACAAGCACAGCAAGAACAUGCCUGACCAAGACUACAAAUAUAAGUGCAACACAUGCGAGAAAUCGUUUCGCCUGGAAAACGCUCUAAAGUUCCACAACUGCCGCACAGGUGCCGUUUCUCUGCUCUUCUCGCAAGACGCUCCGAGGCGCUUUCGUGUCCCGCCUGGAUCUGCUCUCUCGUUUCAUUCCGUCCCACCUCUCACGUCCCCAGAUGACAAGACGUUCCAGUGCGACAUCUGCUCGCGAUUCUUCUCCACCAACAGCAACCUCUCCAAGCAUAAGAAGAAGCACGGCGAGAAGCUCUACUCCUGCGAGAUCUGCAACAAAAUGUUCUACCGCAAAGACGUGAUGCAGGAGCACCACAGGAGGCACAGCGUGGGCCCAAAACAGAUGAAAAAAGAAGAGCUGGAGGCGAACGGAGAGGAAGGGACCAAGUACAGGAAGGAACCGUCUCCCUGCCCCAUCUGUGGCAAGGUGUUUUCUUGCAGGAGCAACAUGAACAAGCACCUGUUGACUCACGGAGACAAGAAAUACACCUGCGAGAUCUGCGGGCGGAAGUUCUUCCGCGUGGACGUCCUCCGGGACCACAUCCACGUGCAUUUCAAGGACAUUGCUUUGAUGGAUGAGCAAGAGAGAGAGGACUUCAUCAAGAAGAUCGGCAUCUCGCCAGACGACAGCGAUGAAACGGAUGAAGAAGAUGAGGACGAUGAUCCUGACCACCACAAAUACAACUGCAAGAAAUGUCAAUUGUCGUUUGCGAAGGGCAGAGAUUACCUGAAGCACAUCAUGGAGCAACACAAGGAGAAAGGCCACAGCUGUGCGAUCUGCAACCGUCACUUUGCUCUGAAGGCCACGUACAACGCUCACCUGGUCAUUCACAGGGAGCAGCUGCCCGACCCUGCAGUGCAGAAGUACAUCCAUCCGUGUGAAAUGUGCGGUCGAAUCUUCAACAGCAUCGGCAACCUGGAAAGACACAAGAUUAUCCACACUGGGGUAAAGAGCCACUGCUGUGAGAAAUGUGGUAAAUCAUUUGCCAGGAAGGACAUGCUGAAGGAGCACCUCAGGGUUCACGAUGACAAUCGGGACUAUCUGUGUGCAGAGUGUGGGAAAGGCAUGAAAACCAAGCACGCUCUGAGGCACCACAUGAAGCUUCACAAAGGCAUCAAAGAGUACGAGUGUAAAGAAUGCAACCGCAAGUUUGCCCAAAAAGUCAACAUGCUGAAGCACUUCAAGAGACACACAGGUGUUAAGGACUUUAUGUGUGAACUGUGUGGGAAGACGUUCAGCGAGAGGACAACCCUGGAGACGCACAAGCUAAUCCACACAGUGGGUAAGACGUGGAAAUGUGAACAUUGCGACAAGAAGUACCUGACGGAGUACAUGCUGCAGAAGCACAUCCACCUGACCCAUGAAAAGGUGGAAGCCCAGUCGUGUCACCUCUGUGGGACUAAGGUGUCGACCCGUGCCUCCAUGAACCGCCAUCUGCGCCGCAAACACCCCGAGGUGGCGCCAAUGAGAAUUGAUGAGUAUGAUGAUUUUCAAGAAAAUUCAACAGUUACUAAUUCCUCCAUCAGUAUUGUGCAGCCAACCCUCUCCUUGGAGAAAGACGGCAUGUCCCAUGAGAAGCCUGUCCGACCUAACCGGCACCACAAGAAGAAGCAGAGAGUCCCAGUGGAACCGGAGCUCUCCGAGUCUGACGACUACAGCGAUUUCACUGAGCCCAGGCACACGGCCAUGCCUGAAUUCAACACCGUCAUUGUUGGCGAAGAGACGGAGACGAGCUCUGCUGUGCAGAGCAUCCAGCAGGUUGUGGUCCUGACUGAUCCCAACGCUCCAUCAACCCCCUCCCCUAGCAGCUCGGUCGGACUGACCAACAUCACCGUUACACCAAUCACCAGCCAUUCCCAAGCCCAGUUCACCAGCCUGCAGCCGGUAGCCGUGGGCCACCUGACCGCCACCGAUCGGCCCCUCACACUAGACAACUCCAUCCUCACCGUCACCUUCGACACCGUCAGCGGCUCCGCCAUGCUCCACAACAGACCGUCUGAACUUGUCCCGGAGACGGUGGGUCCUACCAACGGUGGAGCACCUCAGUCCGUGGCCCACUUCAUCAACCUUACCACUCUGGUCAACCCGAUUAGCCACCAGCUGGAGGCGCCAACUCUGGCUUGGAGGCCUGUGUCAACUGCUGAGGGCAGCCAGGUCACCCACAUGGACGGAGAACCUCAGGAGACCCAGAAUCAGGGUCCAGAUCCAGCCCAGAGCAAUCCCACAGCCACCCAACAACAACAGCAGCAGCAGAGCAACUCUGCCCAGCAGAUGUUCAGCUACUGAGUACUUACUGGAGGCGCCGGUCACCUCACUUAGACAUUGUCACAUAGCAGAUCUUUUUUCUUAUCAGACUGAUUUCCCUCAGAUGCCUCUGAAUCUAGAUGAAGUGUACAGACUUGUUUUCCCUUUUUUUUUAUUUUGACAGAAUUAAGUGGCUGCUAUUGACAAAAUAAAGCAUGAAACAAAUGGUAUGUCCACCCAAAACCCAGCGACCUACCACCUGUAGUCGAAACCAAAGCAAUAUUUCUCAGACAUCCACUUGCCUUUUCCAGCCUUUCAAAGCAUGCCUGUUAUUCAGAUGAAUCUGCAUUGUAAAAGUGAAUUUCAAAGGAGAACUUUAUGUUAAAGUUCACUGAUAAAAUAUUUUUUUGAUUCAUGUAAAAUGUAGUUUUUGUUUAUAUUUAAAAAAAAAAGUUGUUUUUUUUUUCAGUU